CCUCCUCUCUCUCUUUCAGUGCAGCCAUGGCACCCAAAUAUGACUAUGUCUGUCCCACUGUAAGCUGGCCCUGGUGUUUGCUGUGCUCAUGGACCUGUUGGGUGUGAUAGCCGUGCUGCUGGGGGUCUUCACUCCACUGGAGAUCCAAGGCCGAGACUUUGGGGAUCUGCUGGUGUACUCAGGAGCCUUGCUGGUGCUACUGUCCCUGGCAGGCUGGGUAAUGUGGUACAGUGGCAAUAUUGAGGGUCUGACCUACAAAAAGGAGUUUGGGAAAACUGUUGGUGGAGCUAUAGAUUGCCUUGCCCUCUCCCUGAGCCGCAGGAUACGGAUCCCCAGGACUCACAGUACCCCAACAUAGGAAGUGGAGCCCAAAGAUGCCAACCAAAUGACUGACUGUUGAAUGGCUGUCCGUAGCCAGGCGGCAGGCCAAACUGAGGCAGAGGAAGUGUCAUUGCUGAUUGUUGUUCUCUUCACAAAUACGCCUCUUGUGGAGUCUACAAACACCUUGUUUACGUUUAUGUGUUGGUUUUAUUGCU